UGACUUUGCUCACUUCGGGCCGGGGCGCGGGAAGGUGCGGGUAGUCGGCGGAGAGAAGCGAGUGGCUCGGGCGACGCGGGGCCAGAAGGGCAAAACCGUCUGCCGGCCACAGCCGGGACCGUCUUCCGCUCCGCGACACGAGCCACCCUCCGGUCCUCCAUCCCCGCGCCGUCGCCGCCGGCCGGCCUGCCUCCCCGCCCUCUGUCCCCCGCCGCUGAGCCCGACCUCCAAAAAGCUGAAAGAAUUAUUAUUGAGAGUCAUAGCCCAUACCCCCCUCACUCGCUCCCCCAUCCUCAACGAAGAAAAGGACACAUCGGCUCCCGGGAAGGGAGAGCGACCUCCGCCCCGCGCCCAGGACCACCCUGGAGGAAGAAGCCGCCCCGCGGUCGGCACACCGCCCCGCCGCCGCGGAGACCCGACAGAAAAACACCCCUAUUGCUUUCUUGGGUGCCUGCCCCCAUCCCCCUCUUAAGCGGAGGGGGAGAGAAGCUUGUGUGGGAGGCAGGAUUAGGAGGAUUUAACACCCUGCAGGGGAGCUUUGCCGAGGAUCUGGUUCCGCCCCACAGCCAUCUGGCCUGGCCUGUUCUCCAGUUGAAGAAGCGAAGGUGGCAUUAUCUACUUCUGAUUUGUGUAGCAGCAUCACUGAGCAUUGUCUGGAGCCCAAGGCUGCCCACCUUACAUUUCCUACCACUGUCCUUGGCUUGUGCACGUGCCUGUGCUGGUUCUCUGCCUAGGAAAGGACGAUGCAGCUGGAGAUCAAGGUGGCCCUGAACUUCAUCAUCUCCUACCUGUACAACAAGCUGCCCCGGCGCCGGGCAGACCUGUUUGGUGAGGAGCUGGAGCGACUCUUGAAAAAGAAAUAUGAAGGCCACUGGUACCCUGACAAGCCACUGAAGGGCUCUGGCUUCCGCUGUGUCCACAUCGGGGAGAUAGUGGACCCCGUGGUGGAGCUGGCCGCCAAGCGGAGUGGGCUGGCGGUGGAGGACGUGCGGGCCAACGUGCCCGAGGAGCUGAGCGUCUGGAUCGACCCUUUCGAGGUGUCCUACCAGAUUGGUGAGAAGGGGGCUGUGAAGGUGCUCUACCUGGAUGACAGCGAGGGCUGCGUUGCCCCAGAGCUGGACAAGGAGAUCAAGAGCAGCUUCAAUCCUGAUGCCCAGGUGUUCGUGCCCAUCGGCAGCCAGGACAGCUCUCUGUCCAACUCCCCGUCACCGUCCUUCGGCCAGUCGCCCAGCCCCACCUUCAUGCCCCGCUCCGCUCAGCCCAUCACUUUUACCACCGCCUCCUUCGCAGCCACCAAGUUUGGCUCCACCAAGAUGAAGAAGGGGGGCGGGGCAGCGGGUGGGGGUGGGGGGGCCGGGGGCGGGGCAAGUGGCCAGCAGAUCCCCCAGCAGCAGCCCCGCAUGGCCCGCUCUCCCACCAACAGCCUGCUGAAGCAGAAGAGCCUCUCUCUGUCUCUGCAUUCACUGAACUUCAUCGCCACCAACCCAGCCCCUCAGUCCCAGCUCUCACCCAAUGCCAAGGAAUUCGUGUACAACGGCGGUGGCUCUCCCGGCCUCUUCUGUGAUGGGGCCGAUGGCCAGGGCAGUGGCACCCCGGCCCCCUUCGGGGGCGGUGGGGCUGGCACCUGCAACAGCAGCAACUUCGACAUGGCCCAGGUAUUUGGAGGUGGCGCCAACAGCCUCUUCUUGGAGAAGGCGCCCUUCGUGGAAGGCCUCAGCUACAACCUGAACACCAUGCAGUAUCCCAGCCAGCCGUUUCAGCCCGUCGUGCUGGCCAACUGACCGCCCACCUGCCCGUGGGGCCAGGAGCACCCAAGACCACAGAAAAGAGAAAGGAAAGGAAAGGCCAAAAAAAAGGAAAAGAGAAAUACACAAAAAGAUUUCCAAUCUUCUCACUCUAACUUCUAGAAACAAGAUCCAGCCCAGGCAUGGGGGUGGGGGGCUCCUGAAGCGCCGAAUCCUGUUUCGCUCAGCCCCCCUGCUGUUCUCCUGCCUGCCUCUGAUUUAUUUGGUUGGUUUGGGUUUUAUAUUUCUUUUUCUUUUUUUCUUUUUUUCUUUUUUACAUGUAGUUUUCUAUAUAACAUCUUUAAUUAGUGGCUUCCUGUGCUAAGAAUGGUCCAGAUGUGAAUUGCUGCUCCCUCCCUCCCUCCCUCCCUCCCUCGCACGCCUGGUUUAGGGUUGGUGUGUCCCAGCUCACAGGGAAGGAAGAACCGCGGCUGGGGCCUGGCCCUCCUCAGAAUAGGGAGAGACUGCCCCGUGUCACUGCCUUCAUCACCCAGCUGUCCUCUCACUCAAAGCCAUCCAACCUCAGCAGGCCUUCUCGGGCCCUGCCCCCCAGAUGGGUCUGACUCCAGCCCCUGCUUCGUCUCAGGCCUGGGCCCUAGGGAGCUGCCAGCUGGCCACUUGACACCCUCCCCCUAGAGCUGAAGUCUGUGACUCCAGGGAGGUUAGCACUGUGUCUGGUGUCCCUUUCAUCUCUGUCUUGUGGCCCCAUGCCACCAUUCCCACCUGGCCCAGACCAUCACCGAGGCCCUGGGGACCCAGCCAUUGGCACAUGUGGCCUCUCUCACGUAGCCCCUUCUUUCCUGGGCCCGAGCUCGUGGGUAGGGAGGUGGGGUGAGUGCAGGCGUGCGUGUGCGUGCGUGCGUGCGUGAUUUGCUCUCCUGUUUUAAAGGAUCCCGAGCCAUGUGAAACUUCCCCUCUGGGUGUGAUUCCGGGUUGCAGCAAGUGUUUAUUUAUGUGUGAGGGUGGGGAAUGCACUGGGGGUGGGUUGUCAGUCCUUUUGUGGGGUGCUUCACGUGGUGGCGCCAGACUGGGGCUGAGCCUGACGCUCCCAGAGGAAAGCACUGCACAAGGAACUGGUUUCCAGACUACGGAGGGAUCUGCACUUUUGUUUGUUUUUGACCAAAAAAAAAAAAAAAAAGGUUAGCAGUGAGGGGCUGAGGGUAUAGGCAGCCUCUGAUACCUAAGAGAAGUCCCUGGACUCGGCCCUCCUAUAGUGUGACCUUGGCCCAGGGUGGGGAGCGCUCCCCUGAGCGCCCCGGCCGGUGGGAGUUUGGGGUCCGUGCCUGGAGUGGGCAGCCCAAAGCCUUGAAUUGAGACUUUGGUCUUUGGGCUGUAGAUGUUGCUUUAAUACAUUUCUUCCCCUGCCUGCUUGGGAACCUCUUGGUACCUCUUGCCAUCCCCUCACUGCCCGACCCAGGCCCACUGGGCCCGAUGCUGAUCUCGAGCAGGCUGGGCUGGACAGGCGCUUGGCCACGGCAGGGGGCGUGUCUGGAUUCUUGAAGAGCCCUCCCCACCUCUGCUGGAGAGAAGUUACCUUGACCCAACCCUAGUGGGCCAGUUUCCACGCCAUGACGCUUUGGCAAGUGGGCACGUAGCAUCAGGGCCCCCAUCACCAGAAAGUACCAAAGCCUUUGGCACCCCACCCUCUCCUCCCCAGCGACCCCAAGUGGGCAACUGCUGUGGCAGCGCGUCCGGCCCAGACGGACACUGCCAGCCUCCUCUCCCUGCGGUGGGCACCAGCUCUACCUCCCCGCGCGGGGCAAUGCCCUGGCUCCUCGGCCCGGCACCAUCUGUCCCCCCUAGACUUCUCAGGGGCCGGCCCAGUCUGGGCCACCCUCUCCCGAGCCCUCAGCUCCCGCGCAGGUGACAGGCCCGGGCUGCUCUCUGGGAAAGGUUGGAUGCUGCCUUAUGCCCCCUUCCAGCCCCUCUUCCCCGACUCAUGCACACAGGCACGCCCCACACCCUGGGCGGCUUGUUCCUCACCACAUACAGGGAGGGGGAGACCGGCCCCUUAGCGGCUUUUGAAAUACGAAGAAAGGUGUGGUCAGGAGCAUGACUGCUGUGCUGGGCUCUUGGGCCCACUUCAGUCUGUCUGUCUCAAAUCUAGGCAUUUUUGCUUCAAUUUUAUUUUAUUUUUUAAGAAAACAAAACAAAAAUCUUCACUAAUUUACCUGGUUUCGUAGGAAAACUUUUUUUUUAUUUUUUACAUUUUUUGGUGUCCGUUUGUAUUGAAUAAUUUGCUACAUUUGUAAAAUGUAAGAGGUAUAUAUAAUAUAUGUAUAUUUCUAACGUAAAAGUAAUUUUUUUCUUUUCAAGAUUUUUUCUUAAGAGGAGAGAAAGAUAUUUUUUCAGGAAAAACAAACUUUAAAAUAAAAAAAGAGGAGAAUAAAACCUAUUUCUCCCCUUUCCCCAUCCUCUCUCUGUCUACCCCUCUUUCCCAGGAACAAGUCAAAAGGUGGAUCGUCUUGUAAAGAAAGUAAACUUUUAGUCCAGAAUGGUGUCUUUUUCUCAAUGCAGUGAGCUGUAGAUUCUCUAGUUUGAGCCCUGGGGAUGGGAAGGGGGGCACUGAGGAACAUGGAGAGGAGCUCGGGGGAGCAGGGUAAUGAAUUUGUUUUCUUUAGUGAAGGAGGAAUACAAUCAAACGUUUUGUAUUCAGAAUGUUGUGCAAUAUUUUGGAAUGGAACAUUGGUGUGUUUAGAGAUUUAGUUUAAAAACAAAACAAAAAGAUUGAUCAAAUCUGUACAGUUUAUAUUGUUCCAGAUUUUUUUAAGUU